UCCCCCGGAAGUGGAGCAGCUGCUCUGCUGUUAGCCGCUCCGGACUCUCGCUCGUCUUUACCGUCAGAACCGGAACCUGCGACCGAACCGGAGGGACCAUGGAGCCCGUCCCCGCUGCACCGGCUGAGGAGUUCGCCGGCAUUCAGGUGAAAACGGAGCCGGAGGGCGACGUGGAGAUCCGCUCGUACCCGAUCCUCAGGAAGUUGUCGGUCAAGCUGAGUGACUGCAGGGUGUGGCUGGAGGGGCGGGACUUCCUGUCUUUGGGUGAUCACCCCGAGCUCAGCGAACGGAGGCAGCGGCAGCAGCAGGCCACCAACACGGGCAGGAAGAUGGUGUAUUGCCACGAGUGUAACAAGGGCUUCUACAAGAAGUCCCACCUGGAGGCUCACCUGCGGGUCCACCGGGGCCAGAAGCCCAACGAGUGCUGGCAGUGCGGCAAGACCUACCCGACCCUGAUGAGCCUGGUUGUCCAUCAGCAGGUCCACGACCGCACGGCGCCCUACCAGUGCUCCUACUGCGACAAGACCUUUGCUCUGAAGAGGGACUGGAAGACCCACCACCGGACGCACUCUGGCACCAAACCCUUUAAGUGCUGGUUCUGCGGGGACGGCUUUGGAGAGCAGGACGAGCUCAGCGAGCACCUGGAGCUUCACAGCGGCGAGAAGUGCUACCACUGCACCGUCUGUGAUAAGAUGUUCAUAUCCUACCAGGGCUUCAACUUCCACCGCAAGUCCCACAAGAGCCGGAAGCUGCUGCCAUGCCCCAAGUGCAACAAGACCUUCAGCAACCCUCAGAGCCUGAAGCUGCACCAGGUGACCCACUCCAACAGGAAACCGCACAAGUGCCCCACCUGCGGCAAAGCCUUCAAGCUGCUGAGCGGCAUGCGAUGCCACCAGCGCACCCACGAGGAUCUGAAGGCCUACCACUGCACUGAGUGCGGCAAGUGCUUCUCCAGCCUGCAGGGCUUGAAGCUGCACGACCGCACGCACACCGGACUCAAGCCCUACAAGUGCUCCGAGUGCGGCAAGCGGUUCACGCAGUCGCCCCAUCUCAAGGCGCACAUGGUGACCCACACCGGUGAGCGGCCCUUCCUCUGCACCACCUGUGGGAAACGGUUCACGCAGUCAUCCCACCUGAGGUCCCACAUCACGCUGUUCCACGUGGGCGAGAAGCCGUUCACCUGCAAUGACUGCGGGAAGAGCUUCACCAUCGCUCACUACCUGAAGGUGCACCGGCGCACGCACACCAAGGAGAAGCUGUACCAGUGCUCGUACUGCCAGAAGUCCUUCUCUUACCACAACUCGUGGAGGGCGCACGAGAGGAUUCACACCGGCGAGCGGCCCUUCACCUGCCAGGACUGCGGCCAGAGCUUCAUCACGUCUGGCUCGCUGGUCAGCCACCAGCGCUCCAAGCACACUGGCGAGAAGAGCCACUACUGCAUCACCUGUGGCGAGUUCUUUUUCACAAGCUCCAUGCUGCGUGUUCAUCAGCUCGACCACACCGGCGAGCGGCCGCACGUCUGCAGCUGCGGCAAGACCUUCAAGACCCGAGGUGUUCUGCGCUACCACCUAAAGAGGUUCACCGACCACCGGCCCGCUGAGUGAGGGGAGGGGCCUUUCAACACUACCCUGACAUGUUUAAUAUGUUAAUCACCGCCUGAGUUUCAGCAGGAGCUUCUCCAACCGCAACAUGUCUUCUUCAUGGUGGUCCUCAACCAACCAAUGAUCUCACAGAGCAGCAGCCCUACCAUACUGUGCUGUUCUGACGUGAACUUUGACUCUAUGGACAUGAAUGCUGCUGAGAAGCCACUCUAGUCUCCUGACCGUUAGCGCUGUUAGCGCAGACCGUUAGCACGCAGUGUUGGGAAGGUUACUUUUAAGUGUGUCCCACUACAGAUUACAGAUUAC